AUGCCGGAAUAUAUCUGCCAGCGAUGCAAACUUCCAUUAACGCUUGAUAAGUCUCUUGAAGAUAUAAGCGAUGCCCAAAGACGAUUAUUGACAACAAACUACACACAGAGGCCAAAAAGUGUUCUAAACAAUAUUACAGAAGGUGCAAAGUAUGCAGGUGUUGAUUGGCAUGAUAGUGAAGGGAAUGAAAGCGAGUUUUUGGAUACGAAUUCGGUUUUUAUAUCCGAAGAACGAAGGGCUCUUUUAAAUGAAGCGUUAGCAAACAGUAACGGAAAGCCGUUGAUAAACAGGCAGGCAGGCAUAGAUAGUUCUACAGAGGACGAUGGGUCGUUUGUAGUUCUCAAAGAAGAAAGGGAUGCAAAAAACGAGGAUACUGGAAUUGGUGAAAGGACGAAAGAAAGUGAAGCGACAACUUUAAGUUCAAAAAGCAAGACACACAAGACGGAUAAGCAGUCGAUAGAAGAUCAGCAGACAAUAGAAGAUCAGCACGCAAUAAGCGAUCGCGUGAAUACAUUUACAAACAUGUUCAACAUUAUAUCGUCAAAAUACGAGCUAGACUAUCCCGUGUGUAGCGAUUGUGCCAAUGCAAUGAUCAAAGAGAUGGAGAACAAACUUAAUCAACUAACCGAGGAGAAAAACAUGUAUGUUGAGUUUUUGAGAAAACUGCAGCGGCAAAAUGGGCCAAACAACGAGAAAUCUGCCGAGGACUUGAAGAAAUACGAGAAACUAGAGAAGGAGGAGCAAAGCUUACUGCAGCAAAUCAAAGAGGCCGAGGAAAAGGGAAAGCAGUUGAAGAAAGAGCUCACAGAUGCAGAGGUGGAGUUGGGAGAGGUAGAAAAGAAGGAAAAUGAGUGUUACCUGCAGAGAAACGAGUACGAGAUGAAGCUCAGAAGCAGCAUGGAUGAUCUAGGAAGAGCAAAAUCCAUGUAUCAGUCAAACAUGGACCAACUAGACACUCUCAGAAAAGCUAAUGUGUUUACAGAUACAUUUGAUAUUACGUUUGACGGACCGGUUGGGCGGAUAAACGAGCUCAGGCUUGGCAUAGCCGACGAUAAAAGCAUCUCUUGGAAUGAAAUCAAUGCUGCCUUGGGCCAUAUAGUUCUUCUUCUUUCCGUUUGCAUCCGAAUAUUGAAUAUUAGCAUUCCCGAGUACAUUCUCGUGCCAAUGGGGUCGACAUCUCGAAUUGAGCGGAUUGAAAAGGAUAAAAACGAUCCGGACAAGAAGCUCAAGAAGGUUUUCGAUCUUUACAGUGUGGGAGAGUUCUCACUUGGCCGAAUAUUCACACACAAUAAACUAGAUGCCGGAAUGAUGGCUCUUCUAGAUGUCAUCAGGAGAAUUGCAGAUGAGUUGAAAAAAAUCAGUCCUGAAAACGAACUUCCUUUUCGAAUGUCAAAGAACAAAAUUGGGGGGCACAGCAUUUGCCCAUCGGCCCGUCAAUCUAACGAGGACUGGACUGAGGCCUGCAAGUACCUGUUAACGAAUGUUAAGUGGAUUUUGACGCUAAGUAUGGGACAUUACCAAAGCGUGUGA